AUGGCCAACUUGAGUUUUUUUGCGCUGUGGCUGGGUAGUUUGGUUCUUCUAACCAAUGCCUUCAACGAUCGUGGGCAAAUGCCUGAGUCAUGGUGCGUCACCUACCUGUCGACAUAUCUUGUUCCUGUGUCAGUCGCUCCCAGCUCGCCGUCUAGAGCUACUUUGCCAACUGGGAAGUCCUCUGUUACUUCAGGCACCCUAUCGUCGUCCUUCACGAGUUCAUCUCCUCCUGGCAUAGCAACUGUCACCCCUCAAGAGGAGUUUAUUAUUCUGCGCGUCGUACCUGAUACAGUAGACAAUAGACGAAGGCCGCGGGGAUUGAGAAAACGAGACCUUGGUGGCCUUGUUGGCUCUCCAUCUGGGAUUUGCGCUUCUGCAGACAUCUUUGCUAUUCGUGAUGGACAGCUAUUCAAUAACAAUGUUCCCAUUUACUAUGACAGAGAGCAGUUCAAGAUACUCAGCGGCCAAGCAGGAGAUGUUCCAAGCGGUGCUAUAACCACAACCUUUAGUAUAGAUGGUGCCUAUCUUCAAUUUCGGAAUUCUGGACUACCGAGCAACGAGGCUGGGUUUUGUCAGACCCCCAGAGAUGGACAGAUAUAUAUCACCUUUUCUUCAGAACCCGCUGGUUGCGUUCCAGUCAGACUGUCAGCAAUUCCAAUCAAUGAGUGUCGAGAUGAAGAAACAGCCACGGGCACUGAAGAUCUUCCAUUAUCUUCAACACGCGCUGUGGAAUCCACGUCCCUGGGCUUGACGACACUACCAAAUGGAGUAGUCACUACAAAAAGUGUCAUUACAGAGCCUGUUCCAUCAAGUACUUUCAGAUGGUCCAACAUUUCAUCUUCUUAUCAGCCCUUAUCCAAGACCACACAGUCCUCAUUCAUUCCCUUGACCACACUCCCCUUCACCUCAACGUUAAGCACUAUGGCGGAAGCGGUCUCUUCUGCGUCUAGCUCAGAACAAGUUGUUGGAAUUUCGUCUUCCCUCGCAAGCACAUUAUUCAUGUCUCCAGAAUCAACAAUCCAGUCUAGCAUAAUGAUGGAGCUCACUUCGAUUACAUCAACCACUGGAGUAGCCACAGUCUCUACGACGGAAAUCCCACCAACUACAACCCUAGAAGUUACGCUCGAAAUUACAACGGAGAAGACAACCGACCAGAGUAUGACUGAAAUACCAACAGAUGAGACAACAUCAGACACUAUCACAACUACCUCUGAAUUUACCUUUGAAUCCACAACAACAACCACUCUUGUAGACAGCACGACCCAGACUUUGUCAGAGGAGACGACAAAGACUACUUCCGAGGAGUCUGCAACGGCUUUUCUAACAACAACCACGUUUGAACGAACUUUUGACACUACCGAGACAACCAUUGAGUCUACAACGGAUAUCCAAACAACAACCACGUUUGAAACAACUCUAGGGGCUACCGAGACAACCAAUGAGGAGUCUACAACGGUUGUUUCAACAGCCACGACGUCUGAAUCGACUACUGACACUACCGAUACAACCACCGAGGAGUCCACAACAGAUAUACUUACAACAACAACGUUUGAAUCAACUCUCGAUACAACAACUGGCACCACCACUGCUGAGGCUGCCGCAUCAACCACGGCUGAAUCCUCACCUCAAAUUCAGUGUCCUUCUAACCCACCUCAGUGCUUCAACACAAUGGGAAUCCUAUGCGAUACUAUUCUCGGUGGAAUACCCCUGAGUGAUUGGGCUUAG